UCAACAAGGAGCAGUGGCGACGGCUGUGGCUUUGGCAGCUCCGGGCGAGUGCAAGUAACAAUCACCAUGAAUCUUCCGAGGCUCUUCCGGUUGUCCUCACUCGUUCGGUCUGUGGUCUCUGUCCAUUUGAGGAGAAACAUCGGCGUUAAAGCAGUGGCAUUUAAUAAGGAACUUGAUCCUAUACAGAAGCUCUUUGUGGACAAGAUUAGAGAAUACAGAACUAAGCGGCAGUCAUCUGCAGGACCAGUGGAUGUUGGUCCAGAGUAUCAACAAGAUGUGGACAGGGAGCUUUUUAAGCUUAAGCAAAUGUUUGGCAAAUCAGACAUGAAUACCUUCCCUACCUUCACAUUUGAAGAUCCCAAAUUUGAAGUCCAUGACAAACCCUAGUCUUGAAGAAAUGAUGUACGACUUAUCUGGUAAUUGGCCCUAGAUUAGGUUUACAACUGUUGGAAGUAUCAGAAAAUAAACGCACAUUUCACCACUGUCAAAUGUUCUUUUAAUCCUGGUUCCAAAUAAAUAUGGUGAGACUGGUA